AUGUCCAAUAAGGCUCUUGUCUUCAAAGCGAUCCCCCAGGGCUACCCCGUCCCCGGGGAGCACCUGACUAUCGAGCCCGCCGCCUAUGACGCCAACGUCGAGGCUCCGGCCGAUGGUGUCGUCCUGAAGUCGCUCUACACCAGCUACGACCCCUACAUGCGUGGCCGUAUGCGCCCCGUUGAGGUCAAGUCCUAUGCCCCCGCCUUCGAGCUCAACAAACCCAUUGAGAGCGCCAGCAUUGCCAAGGUCAUCCGCUCGAACAGCGCCAACUACAAGGAGGGCGACCUGGUCAUUGGCCACGUUCCCGUCCAGGAGGUCGUUGCCCUGGAUGGCAAGAACCUGGUCCGCAUUCGCAAGCUCGAGAACCCCCUCGGCCUCGAGGAUAUCCGUGUCUUCUUGGGUGCUCUGGGCAUGCCCGGCCUGACGGCCUACUCGUCUCUGUACGAGAUCGGCAAGCCCAAGAAGGGCGAGACCAUCUUUGUCUCCGCGGCCUCCGGUGCCGUCGGCCAGAUCGUAGGCCAGUUGGCCAAGCACGAGGGUCUGAAGGUCAUUGGAUCCGUGGGCUCCGACGACAAGCUCGAGUACAUCACCAAGGAGCUCGGCUUCGACGGUGGCUUCAACUACAAGACUGAGAAGCCCGCUGAUGCUCUGGCUCGCCUCGCCCCCCAGGGUAUCGAUAUCUACUACGAGAACGUCGGCGGCGAGCACCUCGAGGCUGCGCUGGACGCGAUGAACAACUUCGGUCGCGUCGUCGUCUGCGGUCUGAUUUCCCAGUACAACUCGGCCCCCUACCCCAUCACCAACAUCCACCAAGUCCUCGUCAAGCGUAUCACAAUGCGCGGCUUCAUUGUCGGCGAUGAGGGUAUGGGUAACGUUUACACCAAGGAGCACCAGGAGAACGUGCAGAAGUGGAUCAAGGAUGGCUCUUUCAAGGUGCUCAUCCACGAGACCCAGGGUAUUGACAACGCUGCCGAGGGCCUGGUUGGCAUCUUCUAUGGCAAGAACAAGGGCAAGGCUGUCCUGAAGUUCUAA